CACCGCCAGGGUCGGUCAGCCCAAGACUGCCGGUUGUGUGUGGCAGGCUGGUUUUGUUCCCUUCAAGGACAAAGUUCUCCACAAGGUUUGUGCAAGGAAGGCUGGUUCUGCCCAGAGGGAUCUGUCUCCGACCAGAAUCCAGCCCACCUCUGUCCUCUUGGUCACUAUUGUCCCACGGGCAGCCCAGAGCCUAAACCAUGUCCCCCUGGAAAGUACCAAGAUGAAACUGGCCGAAGCCUGUGCAAACAAUGCCCAGCAGGAAAGUUCUGUGACCCCCAUUUCCAAGUGCAGGAUUCCAAGGAGACUUCUCCACAGGGAGUGGUCAAACCAUCCAACUGCCUGCCAGGAUACUACUGCCUUUCCGGAACAAAAACUGCUAAGCAGUCCCCAUGCCCCGAGGGCACCUUCAGUAACCAGACCGGCUUGAGCAGCUCCAAAGAAUGCAGGCCUUGUCCUGGCGGCCAAUUCUGUGCAAACCCAGGUCUUGUGGCCCCAAGUGGCCCUUGUUUGUCCGGCUACUUCUGCACUUUGAAGUCCCAAGUGCCCAACCCUGAUCAUGAUGAAACUGGAGACUUGUGUCCUGCAGGACAUUUCUGCCCUCUGGGUAGCAGCAGCCCAACACCGUGUCCUAGUGGGACUCUUCUGCCCCAAGCUGGGAUGUUCUCCCACAACGCCUGCGUGGCCUGUCCUGGAGGACAUUUCUGCCAAGGAGAAGGGCUAGCCAGUGCUUCCGGGAUCUGUCAUGCUGGCUACUACUGUGAUAUGCUGUCCACACGGCCUGACCAGAAGCUCUGCCCCCCAGGGUUCUACUGUCCCAAAGGCACAGGGUCUCCAGUUCCUUGCCCUGUGGGAAAAAUCAACCCCCAAAGUGGGAAAUGGGACAUAACUGACUGUAAACUCUGUCCAGCUGGGUAUUUCUGCAGUGGGCUUGGCAAGACUGCUCCAGAAGGGAAGUGCGCCUCUGGUUACUACUGCCCUCCGGGACAGGCCUCCGCCACACCCACCUCCUCUCGCUGCCCACGGGGUUUUUACUGCCAUGAGGGAUCUGUGGCACCAGUGGCUUGCCAGAAAGGAACCUACCAAUCCGAGGAAGGGAAAGAGUCAUGUGAUCUCUGCCCAGCAGGGUUCUUCUGUCUACCAUCCAACAAAAGUGCUGCUAUCCAGGCUCCUAGGCUAUGUCCUCUUGGGCAUUUUUGCCCUUCUGGCACCACAUUUGGCACAGAAAAUCCAUGCCCCAGGGGUACAUAUGGACCCAAAGCUGGGGCUGCUGAUGAAUCUGACUGUGAAGUUUGCCCAGCAGGAAUGUAUUGCUCGUCUCCAGGAUGGUCACAGCCUACUGGAUUCUGCUAUCAAGGCUACUAUUGCACCAGGGGAGCCAUCAACCCAACUCCUGUUAGGCACAGGGUAGACGCUGGCAGCUUCCUCCUGACUGGGAACGACAUCUGCCCCACUGGGCAUUUCUGCCCAAAUGGGACUAGCUAUCCCCCAGUCGGGGAUAUCUGA